AUGGGCAGUACCGUCAACUACUUGAGCUACUGGCAAUACGCGGAAACUACUGCCUCAGGACAUCCUGUUUUACGUGAGGGUGAGCGUGAUAUAUAUGUGGAACAGGACGUGGGUUUAUACCAUGGUAAAAUAAAAAUACUGAACAAGCAGAAAGGGAGGUGCUACUUGACAUCACAAAGGAUAAUAUAUGUCGAUGAUACAUUCCAUGCUAAAGAAUCGGUGAGCAUAGAACUGGACGAUGUAGAGAAAGCUCGUUACAAUGCGAAGUUUUUGAAGCGUGCUACCAAAACAGUACUCUUCCUUAAACCAAACUCGAAACACUCCCUUGGGGGCAAAGCAUCACGUAGUAAUGUGGACCAGAAAACAUUUAAGCGCAUAGUGGAGAAGAGCCAGUGGACAUGUGCGAUCUGUAUGGCACAUAACGAGGUCAAUAUGGAAAUACAGGGUUACAUGCCCCCCUGUGUUAAUUGCGGCAUAUCGGUAGAUUUUGAGAUGAUCUCUAAAUCUCUAACCAUUGUCUAUGCGGAUGAUGCAACCGACGCGGCGAAGAAUAAAUGUCCUGCAUGUACAUUUGAUAACCAUGUGCAUAUGAAUAACUGCGAAAUGUGCGGAACACGAUUGCCGAACAUGUGCCCAACUGCAUUGACUAGAAAUCAACAACUAGGUGGAGACCCGCGAGUACAUAUCGAGCUGGAAGGUAAUCCUGGCUUUACCAGCCGUGAUAUACCAUUUGUGCAGCUAAGCUUUCGAAGGUCGGAUGGCUCUUUAUUCUUUGAAGCCUUGUGCAAGCAAUUAGAAGAUUGGGAAAGCGAUCAGAAGAAACAUAUGUUUAACCAAGAUCUCACCAAAGUGAACGGUGUCGGGCUGGAAACACCCAUAUUUGAGCAAGAUACUAGGUUUAGUACACUUGGCAUUGCUAGCUUGGAGAAAAGCAGGGAAGAACAACUAUUGAAAAACGAUAUACUUCUAAACAAGGCGCUCACGGAUUUGGGUAAUCUUGCAGCCCUAGCUAGCGAUAUUGAGAAACUUUACCAUGAUGGAGAAAGCGCACCUAGCAAUACAAAUCCUACGCUGGUCAUUGACCGAGAUAAAUUCCUCAGCAAAUCUGCAUUCAUCGAUGAAAUUGCCAGAGAAAUAUACCAAUUGACAGUUUCGGAAUUCAAAGACCAGAGAGAGAAACACGGAACCAUAUUGGUACCUCUAGUUGAUCUUUAUGCUUUAUAUAACAAAUCCAUGCGCAUAGGAACUGGAUACGUUUCUCCAGAAGAGAUGAGAGAAGCCUGUGAACGAUUUGGAAAACUGGGUUUAACCGAUUUAAGUUUAAGCAGAAUUAAUGGCAGAGUGCUUUGUAUUGCGUCUGCAAAUUCUUUUGAAGCUGUCAAGCGCAAAAUAAUGUCGACCAUUGAACAUUCGCCCGGGGCAGACCUCCUGCAGAUCACAAAACAGCUAAAUCGUGAGAAUGACAAUGCCUGGGCCAUUGGAAUUAUCAUGGAGGUGCUCCAAAAUUGCGUUAAGGAAGGCAACCUUUUAAUAGAUGAGCAAAUUAGCGGGAUACAUUAUUACAUAAAUGUAUGUUGGAGGAUAUAG